AUGGCGAAAUCUCUACACUUCACCAGACUAAUGUCUUCUUCAGCAAGAAUGGCUAUGACUUCUCACUUCUUCUUCUCACUCAAACCGAGAAACCUCCAUAAACCCUUCUUAACUUCUUCGCUUUUCCUCUCCACCAAGUCCACGCCGUACCCACUCCAAUACGACAUGAUCAUCAAUCGCCCCACACAGUCUUCUCUCUCUCAGAACCGCCGUCGACCUCCCCGAGCCAUCGAAUCCGGUUCGCCUGACCCAGCCGAGCCUGAUUUCGAUUCGUGGGUCGAUAACAAACUGGCAUUGGAGCGUGAACAGGGUCGACCCGGUUCCGGAGAUCCGGAAAUGGAUAAGGCGAAGAGGAAGUACUACAGUAAACGGAGGAAGAGGCUAUACGGGUCCGAUUCCGAGGACGAGAGCCGAAAAUCCGAUGAAGGAUUCGUGGAAUUGAAACCUGAAGUUGUGGAAUUCGAUAGGUUGCAUCAGAGAGAAGAGGAAUUGUAUUUCUACGAUACAUUUGCGUAUCCAUGGGAGAAAGACAAGCAUUAUAAGAUGGUGUAUCAGCUGGAGAAGAAGUUUUUCCCGGAUCAAUGCUUAGAUAAGGCGUUUCUGCAACCUGGAGAAACUUCCAAGGUCGAUGAUGAUUCCGGGAAAGUGAGAGGGAAGAAGAAAGCAGGAAAGAGAAACGAGGUUAAACGAAUUGGUACUGAGAACUGUGAUGAGGAUGAGGAUGACAAGCUGGUGUUUUUCGAUGAAGCGAAGGAAAAGCAGAAGGAGAAGAAGCCGGAGGAGGUUGUGAGUGAGAAGAAAGUGGAAGAGUUUUUCAAGUGUUUGACGAAAUCACCCAAUGAGAAAGGUGUGGCUAGUGGUGGUGAUGGAGAGCCUUUUCUUGUGACGAGAAACGGUGAGCUUCCUCCUAGAUGGGAUGGUCCUAACGGCACUGUGGUUUUGGUGAACAAACCAAAAGGAUGGACUUCCUUCACUGUGUGUGGGAAGCUACGAAGAUUAGUGAAAGUGAAAAAGGUUGGUCAUGCUGGAACACUUGAUCCCAUGGCUACUGGUUUAUUAAUCGUCUGCGUUGGGAAAGCCACUAAGGUGGUUGACAGCUACCAAGGUAUGAUCAAAGGUUAUAGCGGCGUUUUCCGUCUUGGUGAAGCCACUUCCACUUUAGACGCCGACUCUCCUGUGAUUCAGCGAGAGCCUUGGGAGCAUAUUAAAGACGAUGACAUUAAGAAAGCUUUGACAUCAUUUCUUGGAGAAAUAUGGCAAGUUCCACCCAUGUUCUCUGCUAUAAAAGUUGGAGGUGAGAAGAUGUACGACAAGGCAAGAAGAGGAGAAACCGUUGAACUUGCUCCAAGACGAAUCUCAAUUUUCCAGUUUGACAUUGAACGCAGCUUAGAUGACAGACAAAAUCUGAUUUUCCGGGUUGUAUGCUCCAAGGGUACAUACAUAAGAUCCCUCUGUGCAGAUCUUGCUAAAUCUCUUGGAAGUUGUGCUCACCUCACUGCUCUGCGGCGAGAUUCAAUCGGUGAAUAUUCUGCUAACGAUGCUUGGGAAUUCAACGAGUUAGAAGCAGCAAUCACUAAAAACUACUUCUAG